AUGGCUUCAGGGUUGUUUUCCAAUGUCUCUCCAUGGCAUAUUCCCGCCAUGUUUAUGGGCACCGCUUUCACUCUCGGUGGUCUUCUUCCUUUGAGAGCCCCAGACCGUGCUAUGCGCGAGUAUGGGUUGCCUGAGGGCAUCGUCCGGUCAGAACCAGCGCAAUUAGCAUUCGGUAUCUACGGCACUCGUGUGGCUGCUUAUGGUGUCGCUCUGUGGACGUUCUAUCUUCGUGGUGAAUACCAUGUAGUUGAUACGCUCAUGAGCUUACUCUUCCUGUGGGGUGCUGCUGAUCUUUGGAUUUGCCUCAAGGCUGGUGUACCCAGGACAGCUAUUUGGAGAUUUGCGAGCAGCAUCAUUAUUGGCGGUAAAGCCGCAUCUCAAGAAACACCCGCGCGAACUCCUUCGAGAACUCCGAACCGUCGCGCUAUCAGCGCUGAGCCGUACUCUGGCGUUCACACACCUCUGGAUCGUAGCGGCGCCCGAGACCUGCGUGCCUCUCUUCGCCGUGGUACACCAGCAUCUGCCGGUCGAUCCAAUGCGCCGACUCCUCACGCCAAAGCCGCUCGUCGGCUGCUUGACCAGCGCCGGACGGCAAUGUUCACGCCUGGAAAGAACCGCAGGCAGAGCAUGUUACAGCAGAGAGAAACACCCUUGGAUAUUUUACGAAUGCUUGGUCGAACACUAGCGCCUAAGAGCCAGCCUAUACACUCGUCAUCUUCGUCGUCUCCAGGAAAUAAACGGAGCUCAUCGCCGGAACAGAGGGAGGAAAGCAACUUGUAUGAUGACGACGAUGAUGAAGACGACGAUCUACUAACGAGGCCGCCAAGACUAUCCUUGCCGUUAGACAUUGAAGAUGCUUCUAGUACCAGCUCAGAUUUGCCCCCACCAAUGUUGUCACAAUUAGAUGAGGACAAUUUUACUAUGCAGUCUAUUGAGAUGCCCCGAAGGAUUCUGAACGAGUCUCGGCUAUCUCGAGGGAGUCCCGGCAGUGAGCGCAUGAGCGACUACUUCAACAAUGAAGCCACAGAAGAUGAUAUUGGCGAACCAUCAGAUUUCUUCCCCGGUCUGCUGGCGGAUCUUCAAGAGAGAGCUAGACAGGAUGAUAUGACACUUGAGCCGAUAGAAGCGGACCGGACCCGGCGAAUGACCGAGGGACGAGGAAGCGACUUCAACUUCGAGUACCCUGGUGGACUUGAUGAUGGAACUAUUUUUCAAAUGUCUGAUCCCGCCAACGAUAUUCAAGCAACAUCCCCCAUUGUCGACCGGUCUGUUGCUGGAGCCGGGGCAGAUGAAGUUCAAGACCCCCGCCCCGAUAUUAUGUACGGAUCUGACUCCGAUGCUGGCGGCGCAGACUUCGGAAUGGAUGGUUGGGAUUAUAACGAUGGCGGUGUCGACGAUCAUAGUUCGAUAAAUGAAGAACCAGGGGCAAUACCAGAGCCAACAGUCACAGCUGGGAUGCGUCAUGAGCCGGCUGGUGAUAGGCUACCUCGUGGUUUGAAAGCAAACAAGAAACGGAAACGGAUAUCACAGCAUGGUAUUGAGUACCCGUCGCUGCCUCCAGCUUUCGUCAAGCGAGUGGCCCAGACAGCUCUCCAAUCGUCAGGUCUCGGCAACCAGCGUCUGUCGGCUGAGACAUUAGAUGCACUUAUCCAAUCUUCGGAAUGGUUCUUCGAGCAGCUGGGUGACGAUCUAGGGGCCUAUGCGGAUCACGCGAAGCGCAAAACAAUUGAGGAGAGCGACGUCUUCACACUCAUGAAAAGAAAUUCUAAUAUCGUACAGACAACGUCAGAUAGGACCGCGUUCGUCCAUGUUCUCCUUGGCACAGAAACACCUCCCAAGAGAGCUCCUCCAAGAGCUGAGAAUGCCAGUUCCGCAACCCGCUAA